AUCAAUCCAUGUCGUUUCCGACUUCGCUUGACGAUAGCCUAAAUCAGUGUGUAUUUUGAUUUUAUUUUAAUAAAUUUUACAAAUAAUCCCGUAUUAUUUAUUCAUCCGAUACGGAUGGAGUGGGAGGGCGACCAGAAAGAAUUGAAGGCGGCCGGAGCUGAACUACUCACCGGCGGUCGGCGAGGACUUCGCAUUUACGGUUGGGAGAUUGAGUCUCGCAAGUGCUCCAUUCUCAACUCCGCAAAUCGUCAACAAUGGGAAGAAAGACUUCAAACAUCCCACUUGCCAGAGAUGAUAUUUGGGGAGAAUUCUCUGAUUCUUAAACAUGUGGCUACUGGUACUAAAAUUCACUUUAAUGCAUUUGAUGCACUGGUUGGCUGGAAGCAGGAAGCACUGCCACCUGUUGAAGUUCCAGCGGCUGCAAAAUGGAAAUUCAGAAAUAAACCUUCACAGCAAUUGGUGCUUGAUUAUGACUAUACCUUCACAACACCAUACUGUGGAAGUGAAACAGUUGAAAUAAAUUCUCAGCAUGAAAGGGGAACUUUGAACAAAAGCAGUUGCAGUCUUCAGUGGGAGGAUUGCAAGGAGAAAAUUGAUUUGGUUGCACUUGCAUUAAGGGAACCUAUUCUAUUUUAUGAUGAGAUUGUCUUAUAUGAAGAUGAAUUAGCUGAUAGUGGAAUAGCACUUUUGACGGUUAAAGUGCGAGUCAUGCCUAGUGGUUGGUUCCUUCUGCUGCGUUUUUGGCUUAGGGUUGAUGGGAUGUUGAUGCGGUUGAGAGAUACCCGUUUGCAUUGUGCUUUUCUGGAGCAUGGAAAAUCAGUUAUUCUUCGUGAAAGCUGCUGGAGAGAAACCUCAUUUCAAUCCUUAUCUUCUAAAGGAUUACCUAUUGAUUCUGCCGCAUAUAAUGAUCCAAGCAUUAUCAGUGAAAGGCUUCCGGUUAUUCUGCAGAGAACUCAAAAACUCAAUAUUUCAGAUACCAUGUAAGCUAUGAUAUGUACUCUAGGUGGUUGUGCAAUGAACAAUCUAAGGAAUUCAGACAAGUGAUAUAAUUUUAUUAUCCUAUUACUGUCUAUUCAGUACCUGCACAUAAUGUAAUGUCCUUUCUGACUUUAUAUGUUCAUCUCCAUUUAUUUCCUGGUCA